AUGACGGCGAGCAUGACGGCAAUCGGACGCCUUUAUUCCGAAAAGAGAGUCUCUCACAGCCCCAUGACAAGCAGAUGUCUUCCCGUCAUCUUUUCGCGCAGGCACUUGCAAGAGAACCCGAUUUGUAGGCGAAUUGGGUAUCCUGGUGGUUACUCGGUUUCUCGCUGCGACGCGAGGGGUACGAGGUGCACAAAGUGCUACAUAACCUUGUGGGAAGACACUAACUGCCACUCGGAGGGUUCCGAGGCGGGGGCAUGGACAUCGUAA